AUGGAUAUCCAUAUGUUAUUGUAUCCGAUAAUGCUAGAAUUUUCCAAAGUGACGAAUUCCACACACAGUUCCAGUAAUGGAAUUUUCCAGAAGUUUAUAGCUCCAGGACAUCCUGCAACAAAUGGUCUUGCAGAAAGAAAUGUGCAAACCUUAAGGAGGAAAUUAAAAGCUUCAUUCCUCGAACAAACUUCAUUACCAUUCAAGGUUCAAAACAUAUUGCUUCGCUAUAGAGCAACCCCUCUAGCUUGUGGAAAGUCUCCAGCUCACAGAGAAUUUCGUAUUCGCUGGAACUCUAUCUUCCCAUAUCAUCCAACAACAUCAAAAAUUUUCAGUGGUCCUGUGAGAUCUUUUAAAGUGGGGGAGAGAGUCCAGGUUCGAGUCUUCAUAAACAACCGAAACGUCUGGCAGUUUGGAAAAGUAAUAAAAAAAUUUGGUUCACGCCAUUAUUUGAUUAGGCUAGACUCAGGACGACAGCUAAAGCGACAUAUUAACCAACUGCAUUCGACCGGUGUGCCAAUGCACCUUGAGGAGGACCCUUCUCGAGAUUGCCAUUCUAAUGUUUCCAGUGAUUCAAGACAAUGA